AAUCGGGGCGAGAUUCGUCGGAAGGGCUCUGAAUGGGAAAUGUUGGGCUCGGUGGAAGGGCCUCCUCACACGUCGCCAGAGCAUCCGCCCGUCCGCCCUAUCAAACAUCAAGGCUAUUUGCUCAAGAAGCGUAAAUGGCCCAUGAAAGGAUGGCAUAAAAGAUAUUUCGUUUUGGACCAUGGUGUGUUGACUUACGCUAAGACGCCCAACGACCUGACCCGGGGUCGCACUCAUGGCCGGAUUGACGUGGGAUCGGCCGUUAUCACGGCCAAGGCCGAGGCCAAACGCAUCGACCUUGACGAUGAAGAAUGCCACCACAUCAAAGUGUCCAACAUGGAGGAAUUUGGAUUGUGGUCGGAACAACUCAAGCAACAUCGCAUGUAUUCCCAACAACGCAUGAUGACCUCAGUGGCCACAUCGCCGUUGAGUCCGGAAGUGGGUGAGGCUGGAGGAGGCGCGGCUGGCUCCUUCGUGUCCCCUCGCGGAUCCUUGCCCCGAAAUAUGCGGCCUAAUACGACCAUCAAUUCGCGCAAUCCCCUUCUGAACGAGCUGAACGCCCUCGAAGAAAGCAUGACCACCCAGCUGUUGAACAUUCAACAUCAAUCGGUGGCUCUGGCCAUGUUGGCUCAUAAAAUCGAAGAUGAGCAGAAUUCUGCCGUGGGACAGAGUGGUGGAAAACAUAAGAAGCUCUUCGGCUUGAGGAAGAAGAAAUCUGCGGUCAAGUCCACGAGCACCGACCCGUCCACGGGCAGUUUUGCCAGCCGCUCCAGUACAUUGACCUCGGAGAAACAGAUGAGUCCCGUUCAACCGGAGGAGGGUAAUUUGGACAACUUUUCGAAUUCAGGCAGCUCCAGUUCCACUCUGGCCAAUAUGAGCAUGAUGAGCACAUCUAACCCGAGUUUGGCUGGAGAAUUGGGCAAGACUGGUGGAACAUCUGAACGACCCGUAUCGUUUCCCGCGGAGACUCUUGGUUCGAUGAAAGCACCAGGAAAGUUGGGCUCAGGCCCACCCAUAUUGGUACCGACGACCGUAAUAAUGCCUACACAAUUGCCUACGGAGCUGUCGGCCCAAAACCGAGAAGAGAUCUUAUGCUUGGCCCAAGAGAUCCAAUCCGAUGUGUCCAAUUUGCUGCGCUCCUUCUCCGCGGACAAAGACCGUUUGAAAAGCGCCAUGGAAACGACACUCUACGAGAUGAACGCCUCCAAAGCCGCCACGAUUGGUGGGGCAGGCACGGGAACCGCAGGCAACAUGGCCAUGAUUUCCUCCCUCCGACAAAGCUUGAAUCAGGCCCUUCAACAGAACUCCACAUUGAGGGCUAAACUGCAGAAAAUUCACCUCGACUCGGAUGUGGGCGACCUCGCACCGAUUGCUCCCUCGAGUUUGGUGGACACGCUUCCUCGAGGCAUGAAUCAUUCUCUCUCGUAUAGCUCGUCGUGUAUCUCGGAGUUCUUCGAUGCUCGCGAAUACGGAUCCGACCUCGAAUACAGUUCGGAUGACGACGAUGACGAGGCCUCCACUUGCAGCGAAAAUACGUCUCUCUCCGAUGACGAUGAGGAGGUGUAUGAAGAGGCCAGAUCGCCCCCCGCGGCCUUGAGUGCCACGAGUAUCACUUCGCUGUCCUUGGCCGAAAGCGCCUCCACAUUGACUCAGAUGACUGGGAGGCGUCAGACCUUGCCCGUGCCUAAAUCCGAAACCGAAGGCCUCAAUCUGUGGAACCUGUUAUGCAAGAAUAUUGGCAAGGACUUGUCUAAGAUAUCCAUGCCUGUCACGCUGAACGAGCCUUUGUCGGCUUUGCAAAGGCUCUGCGAAGAGCUGGAAUAUUCGGAAUUGUUGGAUAAGGCCGCAGACGCUUCAGAUCCCGUGGAACGGAUGACUUGGGUGGCUGCUUUCGCUGUCUCCGGCUACGGCUCAGUUCAAGCUCGAGCUGGUCACAAGCCCUUCAACCCUUUGCUGGGUGAAACUUUUGAAUGCGUCCGCGAGGACUUGGGCUUCCGAUAUGUGGCCGAACAAGUGUCCCAUCAUCCGCCCGUGGCCGCAUGUCACGCCUCGGCCUUGAAUAACCAGUGGUCUUGGUUCCAAGACCUUCGGGUCAAGACCAAGUUUUGGGGAAAAUCUAUGGAGUUCCAGCCUUUGGGCAAGGUCAACGUGGAGUUGAAAGUGGGCAAUCAGAGCGAAAGCUACGAAUUCAACAAGAUCACCACGUGCAUUCACAAUUUGUUCGGUGGUGCUGAGCGAUGGGUGGACCUCUACGGCGAAUGCGUCAUCAAGUCCAGCAGUCUGGUGUGCAAGAUAGACUUUGUUAAAGCCAGUUAUUGGUCCAAUAAAAGACACGAGAUCUUUGGAACCAUCACAAACACGGACGGAAAGGUGCUUCAACACCUUUUCGGCAAGUGGAGCGAGGCCUUGUAUUGCGGAAAAGCCCCGUCUGCCCGUUGCAUAUGGCGGCCGGCAAUCCUACCCGCAGAUAGUCAACUCUAUUACGGAUUCUCGCAAUUUGCCAUCCAACUCAACGAGUUAUUGGGCAACGAAAAGGACUUGCUUCCACCCACCGAUACCCGAUUUCGGCCAGAUCAGCGGAUGCUGGAGAUUGGUCAAAUUCCUGAGGCCGAGAACCUCAAACUGAGCUUGGAGCAAAAUCAAAGAGAUCGCCGUCAUGAGAUGGAGGAAAAGGGCCAAGUCCAUGAGCCCAAGUGGUUCACUUGCCCUGAGGAUCGUUGGGUUUUUAAUGGACAGUAUUGGGAUCUCCGUGAGAAGAGGCUUCUCAAGAGUAUCUCUACGCAACAACUCUGGUGAUUACCGACGACUACCCAUGACCAUCCGGAACAGUAUUGCCCAGAGAAACAUUUGUUAAGCAAUAUAUAUAUGUAUGAGCAUUACUUUUAUGGCAUAAAACGUUUAAUUCGA